UCUGGACAAACAGCCCUGAAUGUCAGCAGAGAUGGUUUCAACUAGAUGAUCCCCUGUGAAGACCUCGUUGACACGUCAGCCAUUAGAACAGAUCCUCAUCAAAGACCACGAGAACCAGACAAGUCCUCUGUCCAGACUCCUAUGACCAGCUUUAUCUCCAUAAUGGCGUAAUGAAUCCGAUCUUCAAAUAUAAGAUCUUUAGAAUAUUCUGAAUGCUACCAAUCUGAAUUCUGACUUGUGAUGCUGCAUGAAUCAUGCAGUGUUCAUUUGGUUGGCCAGAGGACAACUGAAGAAUACAAAACAUACAUCUUCUAGAUGACUUCUUGGUUGGAUACGUUUAAGCAUAUCUGGUAAAUUGUCAACUACAACCUAUAUGUACUCAAAGACACAUUUACCACUUGGAAUGGAGUAAAUGUGUCUUUGUAGGUUGUAGUUGACCAGUUUACCAGGUAUGCUCAGACGUAUCCAACCAAGAAGUCAUCAAGAAGAACAGCAACAAAAACAAUAUUCAAUGAUUGAAGGGAUAAAGCAGUUAUGCUUCUCAUUGAAGCCUUCUCAUGGGGUACAUGCUUUUAUCUUUGACUUAAAAGACCAACAGACCAACAACAAACUCUUGACCUGUAACAUUCAUAUUUAUUUAGUUAGAAGAUAUUUUACCAUAGCCCUGGCGAGAGGGGAUAAAAUACAAACCUUUAUUGCGGUCAGAAUGUGUAGUCACAAAAUCUACCAGCAAGUGGAUUUCCUUUUCUCUUCUUCACCUGAACUUUGCCUUCCUGAGUCACUGGGUUAAAGGUCAGAGCUCUACUCUAUACUCUAUAUUUAGAGCUCUACAAUUAUGUUUUUACUAGUAAGAAUUCCAAUUGCAGAGCUCUCUAAUUCAGUUCUACUAGUUAACAAUUGAAUUAGAGAGCGCUUUAAUAAUAUUUGUUAGUAGUAAGAACUAAAUUAGAGAGCUCUUUAAUUCAAUUGUUACUAGUAACUGAAUUAGAGAGCUCUGCAAUUGCAUUAUUACUAGUAACAAUGGAAUUAGAGAGCUCUCUAAUCAUUAUAGCUACUAGUAAGAAUUCAUUUAUAGAGCUCUCUAAUUUAAUUCUUAUAGUAAAAAUGCGAUUACGACGAGUAGCCUCACUGGGAACAAUUUAAGCUAAACGGCUUGCCAUAGAAGCAACGUCGUUCACUACGUCAUCGUUCUGUUUCCUUGUGGAUGCUCCCUGUCCUAUCUUUGCUUUCACUUUUAUUCAUUUGAGCUGUGCUCACGUUAGAGCAAAAGAAUGACGAUUUUCUUUAAUGUUAUUGUAGUGGUUUUGUAUUCACUCGGCCACGGUGCUUCAGAUGGAGUGUCAGUGAAAGAGGGAGAUUCAGUCACUCUGAACACAAAUGUUCAAACAAAACAACAAGAAGAUAUUAAAUGGUAUUUCAACAGCAUUCGCAUCGCUCAGAUCAGUGGAGAUCUCAGUUAUGUCUGUACAGAUGUUCAGUGUAAUGAAGGUACUGAGAGAUUCAGAGACAGACUGAAGCUGGAUCAUCAGACUGGAUCUUUGACCAUCAUGAACAUCAUAGACACAGACUCUGGAGAUUAUAAACUAAAGAUCAUCUUCAGCAGCAGCGACAGUGAAAAGAUCUUCAGUGUUUCUGUCAGAGGUGUUUCUGCUGCUGAACGAGAUGAAGUGAAGACAGUGGAGGAGGGAGAAUCUGUCACUUUAGAUCCUGGUGUAAUAAAAAGCCCAAAUGAUGAGAUGACGUGGUAUUUUAAUGAGACUCUCAUGGCUGAAAUCACUGGAGAUGAGAGUAAGAUCUGUACAGAUGUUCAGUGUAAUGAAGGAACUGAGAGAUUCAGAGACAGACUGAAGCUGGAUCAUCAGACUGGAUCUCUGACCAUCACAAACACCAGAAACACAGACUCUGGAGAAUAUAAACUACUGAUUAUCAUCAACAACAGCAGCUUCAGCAUCAGUAGAGUGAAGAGAUUCAGUGUUUCUGUCACUGCUGUUCCAGGUUCAGAUCUGUCUUCAGGUGCUGUAGCAGGAAUAAUUGUUGCUGUUCUGUUGGUGUUUGCAACUUCCGCUGUUGCUGUGGUUUACUGUCGCCGCAGGAGCCGUACAGCAGUACCACAGAAUGAGGAUGAUGAUGGUAACUCACCACCUGAUCCAAAUGACAUUCCUUUGAAGGAGGACACAUCCUAAAAUCAGCCUCAGGCCGAGACUGCUAGUAAAACAAUCUAACAUUAUUUAUAAUUUUGAUACUUUGAUCGAAAGGGACACAAAGGGAAUUAGGAAGUGAUGGAGUGAAGAAGAUCAGCUGAAACACUCUUCACUCACAGAGUGAUCCUAAAAUUUCAGUAGUCAGUACCAAUACCAGUAAAACUGUCACACUUAUUAUAUAGGCUACCAAUUUAAAUAUGACAUCAAAAACUGAUUUUGACAUUUAGCCUUAAGCAGUAUAUGAGAAAUAAUAAGCAACACGGUACCAGCAAUAUAUCAGCGAGUGCUUGAUGUAUUUUAAAGCUGCUAAAGUGACUCAGACAGAAACAGUGACACAUCAUCAUCUCUGUUUCGUGUAUUUUGCACUAUAUAAAUGUAAUACACUGAUCUGGCUUGAAAUAUCAAUCAUUAUAUCCACCUGCUUAUAUCCUCAUAUAUAGAACUGACUGCAUUUACACUAAUACUGCACCAAGAUGGGCAUUACACUGGGAAAAAUGUUGGUCUUGUUUUUCAUUACAUCAAAAAAUAAAUAAAUAAAUAGUUCUGCCAGUGGCGUCAGAAAAACUGAAUUCAAAAAGAAAACAAAUUUAUUAACCCAUUUGUCAGACAUUUGCCCUUACUUUAAGCAUAAAAUAAUUUAAUUUUGAUUAAUUUUUAAUGAACAUAUCUUGAUUUAAGAAUGUCACGAUAGGGUUGCAAAUACAGAAAAUCAAAAGGCAGGAUUUCAGCGCAGCAGUAUGUUUGUUAAUUCUACACAAAUCUUCAUAUACUCAAAAACAGGAAACACUAAGUAAUGAUGAGAACAAAGGGGCGAAACACAGGCGGGAAAACUAGAACAAAUGAAACGUGCACUAAACAAAAAUUCCC